UCUAAGUCUGAUCCAGAUUUCUUGACUCAAACAACCGAAAAGCUUUGCCUUAACUCGUCGCAAAAUGGCUGCUAAAGCACCAUCGGAUAAGCUCCAAAAGCUCAGUAUGAGCGAGGGAGCCACCAACGGGAAGGCUGCCGCGGGGGCCAGCGGGACCAAGGACGGCGAUGUUGCAGAGCAUUCCGGUGAAGAUUCCGAAGAUGACGCCGAUGAUCAAACCGCUGAACCUGCGCCCGGGGCCGCUAAAAAGAAGAAGAAUAAAAAGAAGAAGCCAAAGAAGAAGAAGAAGGCUCCUACCGCCCAGACAGACCCCCCAAGCGUCCUGAUGUCCCAAUUGUUCCCGAACAACACCUAUCCUAAGGGUGAAGAGGUCGAAUAUAAAGAUGAGAACCGCUAUCGUACUACUAGCGAAGAGAAACGGCACUUGGACAACCUGGACACCGACUUCCUGAUUGACUAUCGCCAUGCUGCCGAAACACACCGUCAAGUUCGCCAGUGGGCUCAGAAGAAUAUCAAGCCUGGUCAAACCUUGACCGAGAUCGCUGAAGGGAUUGAGAACAGCAUCAGGCGCUUAGUUGGCCACGAUGGGCUAUCGGAAGGUGACGCUAAGGUUGCCGGAGUUGGCUUCCCGACGGGCUUGAACUUGGAUCACAUUGCUGCCCACUACACCCCGAAUGCCGGGAACAAGACUGUUCUGCAGCAAAGCAACGUCAUGAAAGUAGACAUUGGCGUCCAUGUCAACGGGAGGAUCGUCGACAGUGCCUUUACCAUGUCGUUUGACCCGAUGUAUGAUAACCUGCUGGCAGCCGUAAAGGAUGCAACCAACACGGGUAUUAAGGAGGCGGGCAUCGACGUCCGUCUCGGGGAACUUGGUGGAUACAUCCAAGAGGCCAUGGAGAGCUACGAAUGCGAGAUCAACGGUACUACAUACCCGAUCAAAUCGAUUCGUAACCUCACUGGCCAUACUAUCUUGCCGUAUAGCAUCCACGGGACCAAGAGUGUACCCAUUGUUAAAACGCAAGACAACACGAAGAUGGAAGAAGGCGACGUCUUCGCUAUCGAGACGUUUGGCAGUACCGGAAACGGUUAUGUCCACGACGAGGGAGAGGUAUCUCACUAUGCUCUACGUAGCGAUGCCCCCAAGGUCGACCUACGUUUGUCCUCGGCUAAGUCUCUUCUAAAUGUUAUCAAGAAGAACUUUGGUACUAUUCCAUUUGCACGAAGAUAUCUAGACAGACUCGGCCAGGAGAAAUAUUUGCUGGGGCUGAACAAUCUCGUCCAAUCUGGUAUUGUAGAGGAUUACCCUCCCCUACUGGACAAGAAAGGGUCGUAUACAGCCCAAUUCGAGCACACUAUCUUGCUUCGACCUACCGUAAAGGAGGUCAUUAGUCGUGGAGAUGAUUACUAGAUAGAUUGACGAGUUGGAUGACAACAACGGGUUAGUAACUCAUACUACAAAGGCGACUUGUUCCUUGAUAGGCUAGUGCCAUUAUCCCAGUAUUCCAAUAUGAAAGAAUUUUUGAUCUUUGGGGUUAUUGUUCCUUGUCUGAGGGAUAUGACUUGCAAAAAGAGUGAAGUGAUUCUUGACAGAAUGAACAAUGUCGGUCUUGUAGGGUUGAUAUCGAAGUCGCAGAUAUCAACUUGAAGCUCACCUUACUCCGAGUUCCUGUAUCGGGUAAUUGAGAUCUCACCUCAGUUGGACUAGCAGACUACUUACAUAGGUAAGUGGCGGUGGAGACAAUGACGUUGGACCCUAUCACCAGAAUAUAGUACAGAGUAGGUAUUCUUAAAGCCGAUCCUAUCGAUAAAUUGAUAGCCCUACCAUGUAUGUACUAUGUAUGUAUGUAGUUAUUAGGGUUUAAUCGGCUAUGAAGUGAUAUCACGGAUCGAUCAAGUACAUGGUCAUUAAUUAGGGUCUGGGUUGGGGUUGAAGUCAUAGAAAUGAUCAUAGGAGAAUCGUCGAGAUUGUGAGAGGCUCACCGGUCGUGGAUCCAGCCCCAGCAGAUCAUCUCUGUCAUAUGCAAAAAGUGACGAAGCAUUAACAAAAGUCUGGACGCUCAGACGCUUCGUCGACUCCGCACCUGCUCCAGGUUUUUGGGCACUUGGCCUAAGCUCGGAAUCCACUUAGCGUCCAUUCAGGGACUAACCAGCCAA